AUGUCUUCAAAGACUCAAGCCUCACUCUGCCCAAGCUUUUUUAACUUCCAAAAGACUUCGAUCCUCAAGCUGAACAACCAGAUGGUCGCUGUUUCUGUUGGUACAGAUGAGGAGAAAAAGGUUUUCUUGAUACACAAAGAACUCAUCACACGCUAUUAUCCUCAAAUAUUCGGCAGUAUCAAGAUGGACGAAACUGCGGCCCAACCAAAGGGAGUGUUUGAGGAAGACCCAGAAGCUUUUGUGGGUCUGUUAGAAUGGGCUUACCAUGGAAAGCUCUUGAGUAGUGCAAAUAGCAUCGACACUUUGUGGAAGCUCUAUGCAUUCGCAGAGAAGAAUGUACUCAUUCACCUCCACGAUAUUUUGAUGAAUCGCAUCGUAUCUUACUACAAGAACUCCAAUUCACCAUCCUUCCCGACGCUCGAGCAGUUCCAAUUUGGAUACAGAAACACUAGAAAGAACUCGAGAGCUCGAUUGUUCCUGGCCAAAUGCUACAUCAGCAUCUCCAAUGUUCAUAACCCCAAUUUUAGAAACAGAUCUACAUACAGCAACGAAGAGCUGGCGUACAUGGUUAUCAGUAUCGAUGGACUAAUGUUGGAUGUUCUGAACCUCACUAGACGAAGGGGCUGGAUAUAUAAUUUGGACUGGGAUCCCUGUCAAUCCAAUCCCUGCUUAUAUCAUCAUCACGCUCCUGAUGCGGACUGUCCUCAGUAUCGUGAAAGGUCUUCGUAA